AUGAUCUCAGAGUAUAUCCAUCCCUUGCUCUGGGCCGUCGAUAUCUGCAACAUCGAGCCGUGUAAGACCACGACCGCAGAAAUCGGCCAAAACGCGAACAUGAACAUGAUCAAGAUGCCCCUCUCACCCCUACUACUCCUCCUCCUCCCGACUUUCACUGCGGCCCUCCAAGCCGCCAACUUCAACGUCUCGCCGGCCGUCGCCAACGCCCACUCCUGCGGCCAGGACUGCCAGCGCCGCCUCAACAGGACCAUCGAGGCAGACAUAUCCGUCGUCGGCCUCGAGUUCGACUACCCCUUCUACGAAACAGCCUCCAACUUCUCCUCGUCUCUUGGCCCGGGGGAACUCCUCAAGCUCCAGCCCCUCGACCCCCGGAACCUCACCAUCAACGGCGGCGCAACCGUCUUCCGCUUCCAAUACACAUCCCUCGACUACGACGGCUCCGUCGUCCCCGCCACGGGAUUCAUCGCCUUCCCCUACACGCCGCGCUACUCCUUUGCCCAGGAACUUGCGUCGGCGUCAAACACCUCCAUCCACAAGUACAGGCUGGCCGCCUUUGCCCACGGCACGAUUGGCAUCUCUCCCGGCUGCGCGCCGUCCAACGGGCCCGCGCUGUACGACUAUUCCACCUGGCAGCCCGUCCUGGAAAGGGGCUACGCCGUCGUCGCCACCGACUACGCCGGCCUGGGAAACAACUACACCAGCCACAAGUACCUCAGUCUUCCCGCGCAGGCAGGCGACGUGUACUACUCGGUGGUGGCGGCGCGCAAGGCAUUCCCGGCGUCAUUUACUAAGGAGUGGAUGAGCUUCGGCCACUCGCAGGGCGGCGGCGCCGUCUGGAAACUCGCAGAGAGCAGAUUUGUGCGCAACGACACGACGUACCUCGGCAGCGUGGCGAUUGCCCCCGCGACGUACUUCAUCAGACAGCUCGUGGAUAGCCUCUUGGCGGCGAAUUCCACGUCCUCGGGCGCGCAGAAGGGCACCGGCGCCGGGUUCUUACCAUACGUGCUCCUCGCGGCGCAGCGCGCCGUUCCCUCGUACAGGGAGUCGAUGCUGUCGCCAGUCUUGCGGAACAGGACGCAGCUGGCAGUCGAGGCACAGCUAUGUCUGGAAUCUGUGAUUGGCAUCAGUGUAGACCUGGACGCUAGCCAGCUCGUCUCGGUGGCAGGCGCUGAAAAGGAUAUUCCUACGCUGCUGGAGUGGGAGAAGAUGGUGGCUCCGGCACAGGGCGAUCCGAGUCCGGCGCCGGUCUUUGUUGUCCAGGGACAGAAUGAUACGGCGGUGUCGUGGAAGACGACAGUCCAGGCGUGGAAUUCUUCGUGUCAUGACGGUAAUGAACUGCACCUGAGGUUGUUUCCUACGCAAGGCCAUCGGCCGAGUUUGACCGCCGGUGCGGCCGAGUGGAUGGCCUGGAUGGACCAUCGGUUUGAAAGCAAGGAGAACAAGAGGUCCAAGAACAAGUGUACCAAGAUCACAAGGAUGCCAUUUAACUUGCAGUAUGUCAAGGCUCCUACUGAUAUAGACUUGAAGCCGUUUCUCAGCUAG